UGCCAACUUCUUUUCUCACCUGAUUAUUUUUGGCAAAUUUGUAUUUGUGCAAAUUAUGGUAUUUUUAAUGCCAGUGGUUGAUUAUGAAAAGGGAACCCCCAAAUGCAACCUGCAAGCUGGCAUUCGUGGUUAAGGUUGCCAGGCGGGCGAGGUUCAAACCAGCUCACUUAGCAGUGCAAAGCAGCAUCACAUUUCGACUCUUUCAUCAGUUCCGUAAUUACUGCAUUGAGAGGGAAAAUUGGAAUAGCAAUUUAGGAGGGCCGUUUCUUUACAUUAAAUGUGUGCUUAUACUGCAGCAUGCACUGGUCCUAAACUUGAUGUUGCUGGAAAUGGUUGACAUAGAAUGUCCAAUGUAAGAAAAUGAGCUACCACAUGUUACAACCUACCUUGCAGCUUAAAAGUCAGCAGUUACAUUAAUGUUUUUAGUUACUAAGAAAGUUUCUUUUACCAAUUUUGUAUAUAUUUAGCUGUAAUAACUAAAUUUUGUCAUUGGCUAGCAGUUUGAUUCUUGAAAGACAACAUAUUCACUGAGGUUACACUUUUACCCCUGCAAAAACCCAAGCAUGGUUCACAGGCUAACCAUAGUUUGCAAUGGUCCUACCAUGGUUGAACCAUGAUUCUGACAAGUUCUGACCAUGGCUAGUGACAAUGGUUGAUCAAUGAAAUAAGAUUUUGCCUGCAAAGAACUUAACUUGUUUGUUCUUUGAGAAUGUUGAUUCUGGACUGUGUAAGAAGUUACCCUGAAUAGAAAGAAAAGAAAAGAGAACAACUGUCUGUAUUUGCUAUCAUUUUACCAUGGAUGACCAGGUCAAAACCUGAUCAUUGCUGUCCCAUUGCUGAACCAUGGUUCAUUUCUCAACUGACUUUUCAUAAAAUGGCAAAUAAAUUUUACAUUGAAUAGUUUUGAUUUCAGUAAUUUUCUUUUGGAGACACAUUCCCUUGUCCCUUAAAUCCUAAAACAUUAAAUUUUUUAUCAAUUUGAAAUGUUUUAUGAGUAUUUUGUCUGACAAUUGCUGACUCAUUGCUGAACCAUGGUCAAUUUCUCAACUGACAUUUUCUAAAAUGGCAAAUUACUUUUACAUUGAAUAGUUUGUUACACUAUUUUUUGUGGUCUGGUUUCACUAUUUUUUUGUGGAUUUAUUUUACUGUUUUUUGGCCAUAAAGCAUUUAUUUCUCUGAAUUUGAAAUGGUUAAUGAAAAUAUGGACCAACUGUUGCUGACCCGCUGCUGAACCGUGGUCCAUUUUUUAACUGACAGGUUUCUCAUCCUGCUUUCUCCAAAACUGCUGGCUGCCUUUGAAUAUCAUUAAAUUUUAAAUUUUAAUGGUUUUAGAAAUAUAUUGAAAAUAUCUUUUCACAUGAUAUAUAUAUUUAUAAAAUCAAAGAUAUAUACUUAAGAUUUUCAUCAGAUUUGCAAGAAUAUCAAUCUUUGAAAAAUAUCUGAUGAAAGCAACUGACAAGGUACCAGGGUCAUAAGAGUGGAUUCUUGGGAUUUUUCUCAGAUAACUUUUUAUUCCUAUAACAUGGUACAAACAAGCAUAUCAAUACAAGAUUGUCAGCAAAUUGGAAUAUUCUAUUGAAGUGCUUCUGUACAAUUGCUCUAACAGUUCUUUGUGGUAUCUUAUGGAUGCAUUACCAUUGAAGCCAGGUUUUAAAUAUUUCAGAAUAAAAAAGUCUUGCCAGUUUCAUUCUUAGCCAACAAAACAAACUUAUUAUCUCAAAUAAAAGCAAAUCAGGCCUCUCGGUUUCUGGCAUGUGAUUGCGUGCCAUGCACCUGUAGUGGUGCCAAGGCGCACAUGGAUGUGAUGCACAACUAGCAAUAUUGUCCACCUCAUCCAUAUGCAUUUACAAUUACUAUUUUAUCUGCAACAUUGUCUUGUUGCUCUGUGGAAUCAUUUUUAAAGUACAGCCUUCACCAUCUAGGCAAUCCCUUGACCAGUGGCGGCUUGGGGCGGUAUUACUGUUAUUAGUCUAAUAGCAAUUCUUUUCCAGCAGAAAGUUUUCUUGACAGAAUAUUUCUUUAUCAUUUACAAAGUACGUCCUAAAAAUCAGUUCACUCCGCUCUCAGUUUUGAGUGCAUUCCGAUAACAAGGUGAAAGGGCUUUAUCAAAAACCGAAUUGUUUCCGCUAAUUCCUUUCAAGUAGACAGACACCUCAGAUGCCAUUCGUGACGUACCGCGUAAAGGCGGCUGGUGCCAAUUGCCGCAACCACUACCCAGGAAUGUUGCUAUUCAUUUCAUGAACGUUAAUAGCAACUUCCUAAAAUGUCUUUGUUUGGUAUGCAUUUGCUUACGUCAAACAGCCGCCUCACGCGAUACUGAAUCACGCUAUAUAAGUGGCCCUGCUAUUCGCCGACCCAUUUCUAAUAGCAACUUUUCCGUACUGUUGGCAUAUCGUGUGCAAAAUGAACCGUGCUCUUGAUACUGGUUUUCAUUGGGGUGUAGCGCAGAUAUUUUCUCUGCUUUCCUCGCAACGACAAUUAACACACCAACAACGACUUCGUUUGAAAGCUGAUGGUCGACCAUGUCCGAAGGUGACUUUAAAAAACCGAUCCUCUGAUGUUGUGUAUGAAAAUUUUUCUUGGAUAUGCGGUGAUCAAGAAAAAAAUACUUACUUCUGUUGGCCAUGCCUAGUGAUGGGAGAUCUUUCAAGAAUGAAGAAAGUUUCAUUUGUUCAAGAGCAUGGUUUUCAAUCCUCUGGCUCUAACCUUUGGAAUAUCGCUAUCCGACACCAGGCCUCAAAAGUUCAUAUAGCAAAUCACGUAAGCUAUAAUGUUUUGGGUAACACUGACGUUGCGAGUGCAUUGGACGAAGAAAGACAAAGGCAAAUUACGCAACAUAAUAAUAAUGCCACACUCUAUGCCCGUAUGCUUGAAAAUCACAUCAACGUGAUAAUUUUCUUAGCAGGGCAAGGGCUUGCCUUUCGGGGGCACGACGAAUCAUCCCUGUCAUCCAAUAGAGGAAAUUUUAUUGAAUUAUUGGAACUUAUUGGAAAAUACAGCCAGGAUCUGAGAGAAUUCUUAACAAAGCAGCAUGUUACUUACACAUCACAUGAGCCUCAGAACGAUUUGAUUAAGUGUGUUUACCAAGAGGUCCGAGCAGAAAUUCAACGACGCAUUGAUAACUCAAAAUUUCUGGCUGUUAUGAUGGAUGAUACCAGUGACACCAGCAACAUCGAGCAAUCAGCAGUCUCAAUUCGACUUAUUUAUGAUGGAAAAGUAGAGGAGCACUUACUGGCAAUGGCAAACUCUUCAGGCGAUCAAUCAGCAGACGGACUGAGAGCAAUUCUCAUGGAAACAUUGAAAAGCUACAACAUUACACCAGAAAACUGUGCGGAAAAACUUGUCGGUCAAUCCUAUGAUGGAGCCCCAUCCAUGAGUGGUGAAUUGAGUGGGGUGCAAAAGCAAAUACAGGAUAUAUUCCCUUUUGCAUACUACAACCACUGCGUCGCACAUAGACUGUCACUUUGUGCUUCCCAAACUUCAAAGAAAAUUCCAAGGAUCUGCAAAUUUUUUCACAAUGUGGACAAAAUUGUGACAUUUAUUAGGAGCAGCCCUAAGCGUACGCAUCUUCUAGGACGAAAUAUGCCAAAACCUGGGGAUACGCGAUGGCUGUCACGUGAUUCUGCUUUGACGGCAAUCGAUAGCAGUUACGAAGAGCUCGGGUCCUUGUUCUAUGCGAUGUCCAAAGAUCCAAAAGAAAAGGCUGAAACUAAAGCAACUGCAAGUGGAUUCUGUGUGCAACUGCAAAAUGUGGAAUUUGUGUUUUUGCUAACGUUUUACAGGAAGCUUUUUGAUCUUUGUACGCCGAUAAGUUUGAUGAUGCAAAAACCCACACUGGAUGCCGUUCAAGUAACGUCAAUGCUCGAAGAUUUUGAUAGAGCAUUAAAGAGAUUUGAUUACCAACAAAUCUGGGAAGAUACGCUGGGAAAGGACCCAGAGAUACCGGUGGUACGCGUAAGAGAUGGAUGGCGUGGGGUGGAAGAAUCAAUCAAUGGUGCACCCGCAAGUUGGAGGGAAACUUUGACGGAUCUCGCAAAAAAAUGUACAGCAACAUUUUCAAACCAGCUUGCCUGGAGAUUCCAGAACUUAGCAAAAUUCAAAUGGAUGGAUCUUAUCCAUCCUGCAAAAUUUGAAGAAAGGAAAAAAGCUAGUCUUCAAGAGCAAAGAGCGUUGCUCAAAGAACUCUGCUCAGUUUACUCGUUUGCAUUUCCAGAUGAAAUUGCUCUUGAGCAUUGUCUUUCCGUCCUGUACGAUAACAUGGAAGUAGCUGCCCUUCUACGUAAAGUUGUUAAAGAAAGAGACGCGGCGAUUGCUAAAAAGAAGAAAAAGCGAUUACAACUGGCAGCUAAAAGAAACAACGAAGACACCGAAGUUGCUACUACUAGCAGCACAGAGGAAGAGAGAGCCCUUGUCGAAGUCAGUGAUGAGUUUUCUGCGCAGACUGGUUUGGAUAUUGAGGACGAGCACGUAAAGGAGGGUAAACCGACUUUACAAGAUUUACUAGACGUCUUUCGAAGGACAGGCCUCCAAGAAGCUCUCCCGCAAGCUGUUACCUUGAUGGAAUUGGCAACAGUAACCCCGCUAACCAGUGUUCACUGCGAACGCGUUUUUAGUCGAUUGAAAAGAGUUGUGUCACCCACUAGGUCAACAAUGCUACAAGAAAGGAAGGAAAUGUUGGUGUUUCUGCAAGUGGAGCACCAACUAUUGCGGUGGUUGGCUCAACAACCAGAUUUUCAUACAAACGUUAUUGCACGCUUUAGUUCUUUUAAUCAACGCCGAAUGGAGCGCUUUUCUCGCAAAUAAUUUUUUUCAAAUCUUCUUUUACUUAGAAAUUAGAAAAUUUGCAAAGAUUUCCCUUUGUCUGUGUUUGUCGAUUCGUCUUUUUCCUAUCACUAAUUGUGAAGUAAGUCAUUUUAACGGCGGAAAAAUUAGAAGAUUAAUGAAUCUUAAAUUCAUGUCGAGUUACUUUGAAAUGGGCGUAUCCCCCAUUCUCCAGCAAAGUAAAGGGCGUGGCAUCCAAAAAAAUUCGGGGGCUCCGCCCCCGGACCCCCUUUCUCAUUUCUAAUAGCAGUUCUGCAGUCCUUCCAGCCGCCACUGCCCUUGACACUAUAUAAAUAAUAAACACUGGAAAAAUUUUUGUGUUGGUUGUGUGUGAUAAAGGAUUCACUUUCAAUCAGUGUUACCCCAUGGGCCACACACCUACUAAAAUCGUUGUGGAGAGGCCUGCGAUCCUUGUUUUUCUUCCCAGUGUAUCUAUUAGAGACUACAUGGUGUUCAGAACGUACAUUAAGGCUUUUAGGCUGUUUCGAGUAAAAAAAAUUUUUGAACAAUUUCAAAUUUUUUCAACUUUUUAGCAGGUCACUAAAUCACUGAGUCCUUAUUUUGUAAAUAUGUGCAUAAUAUUCACUGAAACUACCGAAAAUGGUGUUCUGAACAUAAAUUAAGGCUUUUGACAUUAUUUCUAGAAAUAUUUUUUUUACAAAGUUCACAUAUUUUGAGAUUUUUUCAAGUUUCAGUGUGAAACAUGCUAUAAAUACUCUUUCCUACCAU